AUGGACGACAUUCAGUUGUGCAAGGACAUCAUGAGUCUGAAGAAAGAGCUGCAGAACUUAGUGGCAACUCCAGAAAAAGACAAGACUAAGCAGCAAAAGCAAAGAGAAGAUGAACUGAUUAAGAAGAUCCAUAUAUUGGUACAAAAAAGAGAUUUCCUGGUCGAUGAUGCAGAAGUGGAGAGAUUAAGAGAAAAAGAAGAAGACAAAGAAAUGGCUGAGUUUCUCCGGAUAAAGUUGAAACCCUUAGAAAAAGUAACAGAAUCUCCAACUGGUACUCCAACAGAGAAGAAGGCAGAACCUCCUCCACCUCCCCUUCCUCCAAACAAACCCACCUUUACGAAAACAGGAAUAGCUAUUAUUAAAGAUUGCUGUGGGGUCACCCAGUGUGCUGUCAUGUAGCUCCAUCAUC